AUGAUGAAAGCUUGCGCUUCUCAACUUCGCCUUCAACAGGCUCUCCAGUUGGCGCUGGCUGCUGGCUGCGGGCGUCGUCCUGCACUUCUUGCAGCUGUCGAGGCGGCUGCGGCUGGACGAUUGCUACCCUGGCACUUCCUCGGAGCACAGGAGCCAGAAAGCCUGACUGUGAAAAACCUCGGCAUCCACGGCGGUCGCGUGCUUGUCCUGGGCUACCUGUGGAGGGCCUCCGUGUGCAAUGUACAGAACGUCGUCAAAUCCAUCAUCCCUGAUGAGCUGCGGGUUUAUGCUUGUGAGGAGACCAGCAUGGGCUGCACGAUGUGCUUCAUCUGUUGA